AGUAAACACUGAACAUCGCGAUGAUCUACUCCGAAACGUGUUAAUUUUGAUGCUAGAAGCAUUUGUAUAUUAUUUUAUUAAUUCAGUUAGGUAUUUGUAUAAUAUUUCCAUAAUCCAGUGCUCUCAAAAGUGACGCAAAAUGUCCAGCUGGAAAAAAGCUGCCAAAUCGAACCAAAAGGUUCACCGUGAGCGAGCUCAACCGGCAGCGCGCGCUCACUUGGGCAUCCUCGAGAAAAAGCAGGACUACAAACGGCGCGCCGAGGACCGCCACCAGAAAGAAGACACGCUCAAACUGCUCCGGAAGCGAGCGCUGACCCGCAAUCCGGAUGAAUUCUAUCACCACAUGAUAAACUCCAAGGUCGAAGCCGGUGAACACCAUGAAUUGGAGAAACAGGAUGAACAUUCGCCGGCCCAGAUCCGUUUGAUGCAAACGCAAGACCUCAAGUAUAUCAACAUGAAGCGCACGAUGGAGGCCAACAAAAUCCAACGGCUGCAGGGAAGGUUGCACAUGACCGAGGUGGCCAACCGGACCCACAAUAAGCACAUUUUCUUCGUGGACGAUGAAGCGGAGGCCAGGGGGUUCGAUGUGGCAGAGCGGCUCCAAACGCACCCCAGUUUGCUGGGCAGGAAGUCCAAUCGGCCGAAGCUGGAUCAGCUGGACAAACUGGUUCUUGGGGUGCAGGAUGAGGAGACGAUUGUGACGAUGAAUCAGGAACGAGAGAAAUCUUACAAAGAAUUGCAACGUCGAGUCGAGCGCGAGAAGGAACUCACCAUCGUGCAACAAAAGCUGGAAUUGAAACGGGCCCUGCAGGAGAAACGUUCCCGAAAGCCGAAACGAGUGGCCAAGGGUACCAAGGAUCAGGCUCCCGUUUAUAAGUUCAAGUACGAAAGAAAACGAUGAAGCACGAUUUCGUUCUGUUUAUUGUAAUAUCAAUAUAAUAUGAUUGUAAUAGAGCAUAAUCUUAAACUUCGUAGAUAAAUUCAAUUUAACGUUAUUGUAAACUUUAUAAGUGUAAAAAUAAAUGAAAAUUCAUUGUCAAACCGAAACUCAAUCGCAA